AUGACUCAAGUAGAGAUCCGCACCGUGAGUCCCGUUGGCAGCCCCAUGUGCCCGAGUGCCAUUGCCUCGCCCUGGACCAAGGAUGGCACGUACAUCAUCGAGGCCACGCGCAAGGCCCACGCCUGUUGCAAGUCGUGCGAUGCCACGAUCGACGCGGGUCGCUUACGUGUCGGUGUCGUCUAUCAACACCGUAACGGCUUCGUGUGCAUCAACUGGCAUCACGUCGAGUGCUACAAGGCUGUGAGCGAGAUCCCGCUCCAGUGUCUAGAAGGCUUUAGUGACCUCAAUCCACAGCAACAAGAGGUGGUCGAGAGUUACCACCGACUCGCGAACAUCGAGCCGCACUAUCUGCCACCGGCCCGCAGCUGCUUAACAUGA